AUUUUCCCCCUCUUCGUCGCCAUCCUGAGACUGAGAGAGCAGUUGAGGAGGAGACAUAGCGGACUCGGUCGCGUUUUCUCAGUGAUGUGUUUCUAGGAAGUAGAAUCUCGUGGAAAAGCUAAUUUUCUGAUUUUAUCGGACUCUCUGUAUUUCGGUUGCCAUUGGAAAAACCGCAGAGUGAUAUUUGUUUUCGAAAAACUCGGUUCGAGAAAGAGGGAGGCGUGAAAGGAAAACUUUUUGUGCCAAGGUGAAGAAAUCGAGGUUUGUUGUAAACGCGUCCGUAUAAAGGCAAAAAUUCGGAAUGUCUCUCUCGGUACCUCAGAACGGUGUGAAGGGGGAUAACGAACCCGUCAUCGAGCUUUUUGUGAAGGCGGGCAGUGAUGGAGAAAGUAUCGGCAACUGUCCAUUUUCUCAGCGCCUCUUCAUGAUCCUGUGGCUGAAGGGUGUGGUCUUCAAUGUCACCACUGUGGAUCUUAAGAGAAAACCAGCUGAUCUGCAGAAUCUGGCCCCAGGAACCCACCCUCCCUUCAUCACCUUUAAUGGAGAGGUCAGGACAGAUGUCAACAAGAUCGAAGAGUUCCUAGAGGACGUCCUCUGCCCUCCAAAGUACACUAAACUUGGUGCCAGGCACCCAGAAUCCAACACUGCAGGGAUGGAUAUAUUUGCCAAGUUCUCUGCCUUCAUCAAGAACUCCAAACCUGAUGCUAACGAGGCAUUGGAAAGGGGACUGCUGAAGACCUUGCAGAAGUUGGAUGAGUACCUGUGCUCUCCUCUACCGGACGAGAUCGACCACAACAGCAUGGAGGAGGUGAAGGCCUCUGUGCGCAGGUUCUUAGACGGUGAAGAGAUGACUCUGGCUGACUGCAACCUGCUGCCCAAACUUCACAUUGUUAAGGUGGUGGCAAAGAAGUACAGAGGCUUUGAGAUCCCUAAAGACAUGACAGGCAUCUGGAGGUACCUGAACAAUGCCUACAAGCGCGAGGAGUUCACCAACACAUGCCCCAGCGACAAGGAGAUUGAGAUCGCCUACGCUGAUGUAGCAAAACGGCUUGUCAAAUAAUGGCUCAAAAUCUCCUCCACUCCCCUCCCUGCGCUGGGACUGUUUAUUUUCCAUCACACGAGAAAGAGAAAAAUAACAAGCUAUGGACUCCUUUUUUCCUUCUCUUUUAUUUAGAGUAAAUACCCAAUGCAUGAUUUCUCGCUCCUCCGUUACAGCUCUUUAGGACAUAUCAUAAAUUUUCGGUGCGUCCGAAAGGCUGUUACCACACUUUACUUUUUUUUUUUUUUUUUGUCCUAGUUUAAGUGUUAAAGCAGGAAAUGCCAGAUACUGUCGGUGUAUCGAUGGCUAACAGCGUGUGAGUAUGUUGCUCACACAUAUCUAUUCCUCUUACCCACUCUAUGUAGCAAUAACAGAGUGGGUUCACCAGCCUUUUGUUUUAUGGAUUUAAAAUAUGAAAAACAAUGCUUUUUCUAAGCUUGCAACAUGAACAGUUAUGAAGCAUUUUUGUUUUGUUUGUAUCUAAACGCAUUUGAACAGUGUUGAAAGCUCCAGUGUUUAUUUUCAGAGAGUUUUAGAGAGCAGUGUAGCACUCUGAACACACAGAAGUCUCAAAAGACGCUUUACUAAAGUUUAAAUGAAGUGCAUAUUGAUUUAUGUUGAUAUCAAAACUCGACACUCAUAUAUGAAGUUCAUAUCAUAUACAUUAGUCAUCUGUUGUUUGCAGAAAUGGCACCUUACAUACCAUGUAGUAAAUUCGCAGCACCUGUGGCCUUUUGAUGAAGGAAAGUCCUCUUUAACAGAGACUCUAGAUACAUGAGGAGAUUCUAUAGAUCUGCCUUAUUCACUAUAGACUCAUUAUUUAACAUUAAGAGUGCUGCGUCAUCAUAACUGCAUCCCAUGGCACGAAACGCAUGAAGGGAAAUGCCUGUGUAGCUCUAGAGGUAGAACUACAUCACUUGCACUUCACAUGAAGUGUCCUUGACAAUUUAAAUAGUAGCAAAAUAUUUUUUUGGGUUUAAGUAUACAAGGGGCAUCUCAUUUAAAGAAGGUGAAUUGUUUUUUAGAUGUGGUGAUAUGAAGGAUGACUAAAUAGACAGAAAAAUGGCUUUAUAGUCUUGCCAGAUUACCAAGUUUGAUUAAAGGCUCAGAGUAAAAAACUGCAAUUUAUGUUGAUACAAUGUUGAAUGUAAACUUGAUGUUUCUGAUUUGGAGAAAGAUAAUAAUGAAAGUUAUAUGAACGAAAUUGGUUGCCAUAUGUUUUUCCAGUUCAUGUCAUAGAGAAUUGUAAAUACUGUUUUUGGUUUUCAGAGAUUUACAUGCAACUUUUAUACAUUCAUGAACUGAAUGUAGCAGAAUGAUAGACUUGUAAUGACACCUCUAGCUUUAUACAUUUUCUCAAGGUAGCAAAAACAAAAAUAAAAUUUGCAUUAACUCAAAUACAGAAGAGACAGGAUAAGAGUAAAUGGUUUAAUUGAAACUUUUCUCUGUUGUUAGAAGUUGAUGCCCUGUGGGAACAAAAACAAGAAGGUUGUGUUUUUUCCAUUUCCUUUUUCCACUCCUCUGCUUAUGCCAGUCCAUUAAUGGAGUGGAUGGUUGAGUGAAAAUGUAGGGAUUCUUUUUCCAGCCUUCCAUCUUUUCACUUUGAGUUCAUUACAGGAAAUUGUUGGCACGUUAUUAGAAAGUUGGAUCAGGGCCACCUUUUUACAUUCUGUUUUCAGCUUUGUGCAUUUAAAGGAAUCCGCAAUGUGGGUUUUUUUUUUUUGGAGAGAGAUGCUCCCUCCAUACUAUUUAGCCCAUAUCUCUGAGUGUUAAAAUGUUGCUCUCAGUAGAUUUGAUUGGGCCUGUGUGUGUGCGUGCAUGGAACAGGUUUUACAUUAACUAUAAAAACAUUGCAUGUUUGCCAUAUGCCAUCGCACUCUCAUUAAAUAAACUGCUGGCAGCUAUGACAAA